AUGAAGAUCUGGCUCCUGCUCGGGCUGCUGCUGGUGCACGAAGCGCUGGAGGAUGCCUUUGGUGCUGAUCUCCGAGUGGGGAUCUCCUCUCUUCGGUUCUCCACGCCCCCUGCGAGCCCGCUGGGAAGGUGGCAUCCCCUCCGACCCUCUCGGGAGCCCAUCCGGGCUGCUCCAGCCCUCCCCCCGAAAUGCCCAGCGUCCCCAGCCAGCGCUGGGACAGGGGCCAGUCCCUGUGUCAACGUGUCGGCCUGGGAGGCGGCCAGGACGCCGGAGAUCGGAGAUCGCUUCCACCUCUUUGCUGCCCAACAGCCGCCAAAGCACAAGCAACCAAAGGAGCAAGGAGAGAAUAGAAUCAAGCCUACUACCAAGAAGAUGAAACCCAAGCUUCCUAAGGUGAAGGACAGGGACUCAGCUGAUUCCACACCAAAGACGCCAUCGAUCAUGAUGUUAGUGUUGGAUAAAGGCCGCUACCAGAAACCUCCUGCCACCCUCAGUCUGAUGGCGGGACAAACUGUAGAGCUUCGAUGUAAAGGGAGUCCGAUUGAAUGGAGCUAUCCUGCGUACCUCAACACCUUUAAAGACUCUCGCCUCAGCAUGAAGCAGCAUGAGCGUUAUGGCCAACUGACCCUGGCCAACACCACCUCCGCUGACACGGGUGAAUUCAGCUGCUGGGGUCAGCUAUGCAAUGGCUACAUCUGCAGGAGGGAUGAGGCCAAAACAGGAUCUACCUACAUCUUCUUUACAGAGAAAGGAGAACUCUUCGUGCCUUCUCCCAGUUAUUUCGAUGUUGUCUACCUGAACCCUGACAGACAGGCUGUGGUUCCUUGUCGAGUGACUGUGCUGUCAGCCAAAGUCACACUCCACAGGGAGUUCCCUGCCAAGGAAAUCCCUACCAAUGGAACAGACAUUACUUAUGAUCUGAAGAGAGGCUUUGUGUAUCUGCAGCCUCAUUCUGACCACCAGGGGGUGGUCUACUGCAAGGCGGAAGCCGGGGGCAAAUCUCAGAUCUCUGUCAAGUAUCAGCUGCUGUAUGUAGAAGUUCCCAGUGGCCCUCCAUCAACAACCAUCUUGGCCUCCUCAAACAAAGUGAAGGGCGGGGACGACAUCAGUGUGCUGUGCACUGUCCUUGGGGAGCCUGAUGUGGAAGUAGAAUUCAGGUGGAUCUUUCCAGGGCAGAAGGAUGAAAGACCUGUGACGAUUCAGGACACCUGGAGGCUGGUCCACAGAGGGCUUGGACAUACCACAAGACUCUCCCAGAGUAUCAUUACCAUCGAAGACUUUGAGACCAUCGAUGCGGGAUAUUAUAUUUGCACUGCUCAGAAUCUCCGAGGACAGACAACGGUUGCUACCACUGUUGACUUUUCCUGACUUGAAGGAAAGGGAAGUAGAGUGGACAGAUGGAAAGCUCAUCGGUGCACACAAUCUGCUUUGGGGUUCUUUGAUUUGUGCUUUUCUAGAGGCCAACAUCAAGUGCCCACACUGGCCUGUGAGCCAGACAGACAUCUGACUAAGAGGAAGUCAGUCUAUUAAUAGAAGCGUUAACUUUUCUAACAGAAAGCAUGUUUUCUGAUUGCUUAGCUACGAUUCAUGUGUUUUUAGUUUUUAUACUAAGAAAGCACAUAUGUCGACAACUUUAUAUAAUCACUUCUAUUUUCUAUUAAAUGUGCAAGUUUUUGUAAAAAAAAAAAAAAAGAGGGGGGCUAUGUGUUUUUUAAGUCUAGAAGGACUUUUUGGCAGUAAUAGUUGGGUCAGUACUUAGUAUUAAUGCUAACUUUUGAAGAGUACACGUAGCCACAAGUAGCUGGAGAUUGUCUACUGUGUAGACAUUGAUUUUUCA